AGAAGGAUGAUGAAGGGGUAUCUCGCCACGAAAGGAAUACAUGCUGCAGAGACACGAAUUGGAUCAAUGCUCAAAACAAUGCAUCAGCCUUACCAUGAAGCAAGACGUCAGGGUGCCUGCAAUCUCAACCCCAUACCAUAUCAAGCUGAUUACAUGGGUCACAAGGCCCAUAUGGACCAAAAUGAAAAACUGGCUAUGUUUGGGGUCACCCAUGUUUUAGCCAUUGAUGGCUUCAGCAAAAAGGUUGUUGCUCAUUCUACAAUGCCUAUAAAAAACAACCUUUCCAUCUUUGAAGAUGUUUUCAGGCCUGCAGUACUUGCCUAUGGUAUGUGGGACCAGGUGCGAGUAGAUCAUGGCAAGGAGUUUUAUUUGACGCUCUUUAUGCAGGAGCUGCUGACAUCUCAUCGCCAUAAUUUGGAGAAAAGGCCUUAUUUACAGACUUCAUCCACAAGUAAUCAUAUAGUUGAACGUAUCUGGCCUGAAGUAAAUAAUCGUGUAAACUAUCCGCUGAAGACGGCUCUUCUUCACUUGGUGGAUCAAGAGGAAAUAGAUAUGAACGACAGCCUUGUGAGAUACUGUGUGUCCAACCUGACUGGGCAGUUGUGCCAGAUUGGUCUUACAAGGCUUGUGGAGUCAUGGAAUGCUCACCGAAUUCCAGGUAAAGGUAUACCAAAUGACUUGGCUGGCCGUGGAUGUCCCAAAAAAAUCCCACAGGAGCUGUUGCCUCAUGCAGUUGACGCAGCAGACCUUUACAGCCAACAGCUGGGAUCCUCACUGACUAUACAUUCAACUUUUGGAGUUGAUCCAUUUUCAACUGAACAGGACAAACUUACAGUUGAGAAUCAGUUUGCCGAGCAAUAUCCAGACAUUUCAGACUUGUUCUCUAGAGCAGUGAACAAUGACUUUGCUCCAUACAAACAGGCAUUGCUCUUUCUUAUAACCUCAACUCAGCGCAAUGUGUGA